AUGGCUCUCGCACUUGCCGUCUACUCCCUGUCAGCCCGCGCUCCUCAAGGUAGCACGUCGAACGCGACAGAAUGCCUUCCAUCGUGCGCAAAACAGUACAGGAGUCUUCCUGGAAUCGUUCUGAGCUGUCUCACCACAAUAUUUUUGUGCAUUUGGGUGUCACUCCAUCUCAACCUUCCCGAGCCUGUGGAGACUAGAGGCUUGGGCCGCUUCAAGCGAUUCAAAGUCUGGCUCAGGUCGUUUAUUAGAUGCACCGUUAUUCCUAUCUUCGUGACACUUGUGUUCCCAGAAUGGGUUCUGGGUAUUGCGGUUCUCCAGUUCGCCAAAGCCACUCAGCUGGCUAAGGAUAUUGGUGGUACUCGCCAACAAGGAUUCUUCAUCUUAAUGGGAGGCUUCCAUCUCUUCAAACACAGCCAAGGACCGUCAAGGAAUCAGAUGGAUGCCCAAAAGGAAGGAGGAGAGGAAAAUCACCCGUUGGUUCAUAUAUCAGCAGCAGAGGAGGGAGAUGGUCGACCUGAACUCGAGGAAGAUAUUGGAGAACCUGUCCAUCCUCUCGAUGAGUUUGACGUCUGUCGGCUUAUUGAUGCGGGCAAACUCCGCUUCCCUACCCUUGUCGAGCUGCAGGACAAGUGCAAGAGUGACGGACUCGCAAAGCUCCUGGUCGUAGUCCAAACGCUCUGGUUCAUUGCUCAAUGCACCGCACGGAAACUCAGCAGCCUCCCACUCACUGAGCUCGAGGUCAUUACACUCGGCUAUACUCUACUCACGGUGUCAAUGUAUGCCGCAUGGUGGGACAAGCCCUACAGGGUGACGUUCCCAAUACGUGUGUAUGCAACACUCCCCGCACGUACAGAAGAACAAGAAGAGAUGAAGCGGAAUAUGGAGAGGUAUCCAUUUUGGGACAUGGCCUUUGGGUAUGUCACAGGCACUCAGGGUGAUGCCGUCGACCUGCGGAGUGUGAGGUGCGUUCCAAUGUUUUAUUCUGGGUACAGUGAAAAUGGAGACAAACCCAGAGAUUUCCUUUCGCUAACAACCACAAUUGUCGUGGGGACUGUGUUUGGCGCUGUCCAUUUUCUUGCGUGGUCCUCUCCAUUUCCGUCCAAUCAGAUGCAAUUUCUGUGGAAAUUUGCGACUAUCGUCAUGACUCUAGCACCACCUGCAGCAGUCGCAGUCACCGCUCUUGGUGUAGUAAUUACCUUGGUGUCUGAAAAUCUGGCGAACGUGAUUGCGCAACUCCUUGUGUUUCUACUACCUCCUCUCUACUUCGUUGGAAGAGGUAUAACAAUUAUUCUCGCAUUGGUGACGCUCACAUCACUCCCACUCGAGGUGUAUCGAGAUGUAGAGUGGACCGACUUCUUCCCCCACAUCUAG